UGUUCGAAGAAAACAAGUACUCAGAAAACAAAUCGCAAGGCACGAAAACGAGGGGAGAGAGAUUGAAAGAAUCACUUGGGGGGAAAGCAGAAGGAGGAGGCAGAUGACAGAGAGAGGAAUGCAACGGGGCAGCAGUAGUGUUUCGUUUCGGACUCGUGGCCCUGCUGCAUUGGUUCUUAUAACCAUCAUCUCUCUCCUCUUCUUCAAUGUCAUCGCUGAGACCUCCAACAAUUCUCAGGUUGGAUGCAGCAAAACCUGCGUUGCAGAGAACUGCAACUCAAUUGGGAUUAGAUACGGGAAGUAUUGUGGAGUAGGGUGGAGUGGGUGUCCAGGAGAGAAACCUUGUGAUGAUCUGGAUGCUUGUUGCAAGAUUCAUGAUGAAUGUGUCGAGAAAAAAGGUCUAACUGACGUUAAAUGCCAUGAGAAGUUCAAGAAGUGCAUUAAGAAAGUACAGAAAUCUGGGAAGGUCGGUUUUUCUAGAGACUGCCCAUAUGAUACAGCUGUCCCUACAAUGGUGCAGGGUAUGGACUUAGCAAUCAUGUUUAGUCAGUUUGGCAACUCAAAGGUCGAGCUGUAAUUGGCUGCAUAACGCAAAGUCGUACAGGUAUUCUUUCCAAUCAACAAAAAUUUGAUUCACGGGAAAAGGAAUUUUGGACAGAGUUACUGAUGUUUUAGAGGUAAAAAACAAUAAUAUAAUUCUACGAUAAUAUGUUCUGUCUGGUAGUGUGUUUAGGUAGAUCUCUUUAGCAGGUUUCCUAUGAGACAAUCUCGCCCAGUGGAAGGUCCAUUUUGCUUUCUCCUGGUGCAAUAGGACAUUCAUUUGAAAGGGGAUGGCUUCAAACUGAAAUUAUUGUACUGAAUUUGUGAUCCGAUGACAGAAAACUGCGAUUCCUCGUAUGGAAGUUUCGUGUAUCUACAAUUUUUUCUUUUUGGGACCGGGGGGGAGGGGGGUUGUUGUUAAUGUGGAGGGCUGAAAACCCGCUACAAUACAGCAUACCUAGGCGUUGUAACACCCAAAAUGUCCUUCCCUAACACACAGUCCUCAGGUUUUGUGGUGGCUCUUCCGAAAAAAUUCGCCCCCCAGUUGCAGUGUCAAGCUCAUCUUGGCCAACGUGUCUGCACUGCACAUUGGUUCCCCUCUCUCUAUAUGUCUGUGAACUCCCUUGUCUUUCUCACUAAUCAAAUCACAAAAUUUAAGACU